AUGAGGCCGGCGCUCACGCUGUGCCUCCUCUGGCAGGCGCUCUGGCCCCGGCCCGGCCGUGGCGAACACCCCACCGCCGACCGCGCGGGCUGCUCCGCCGCGGGGGCCUGCUACAGCCUGCACCACGCCGGCAUCAAGCGGCCGGCGGCCCAGGAGGCCUGCAGCCUGCGCGGCGGGGCGCUCAGCACGGUGCGCGGGGGCGCGGAGCUCCGCGAGGUGCUGGCCCUCCUGCGCGCGGGCCCGGGGCCCGGAGGCGGCUCCAGGGACCUUCUGUUCUGGGUGGCGCUGGAGCGCAGGCCGUCCGAGUGCACCCUGGAGGGCGAUCCGCUGCGGGGAUUCUCCUGGGUGAGCCCCGACGUGGACGAUGUGGACGUGGACGGGCUGGAGAACGAGACGCUGCCGUGGGUGCUGGAGCCGCAGCGCUCCUGCGUGGUGCGGGCCUGCGCGGCGCUGCAGGCCGCCGAGGGCGCGGAGCCCGCGGGCUGGAGGGAGCUGCGCUGCCACCUGCGCGCCCACGGCUACCUGUGCAAGUACCGCUUCGAGGGCCUGUGCCCCGCGCCGCGCCCCGGCGCCGCCUCCGCCCUGAGCUUCCGCGCGCCCUUCCAGCUGCACAGCGCGGCGCUGGCCUUCAGCCCGCCCGGCACCGAGGUGAGUGCGCGCUGCCCCGGGCGGCCACCCGCCGCGGCCACGGCCACCUGCAUCGUGGACGGGGCCGGCGCUCGCUGGGACGGGAUGCCCCCCGGGGCUGCGCUUUGUCCCUGCCCCGGGCGGUACCUCCGCGCAGGCAGAUGCGCCGAGCUCUCCGACUGCCUGGACGACUCGGAAGGCUUUGUCUGCGAGUGUGCUGCGGGCUUCGUGCUGGGGAGAGACGGACGCUCCUGUGUAACCUACGGAGAAGGACAGCCGGACCCGGGGGCAACCAUGGUGCCCGCCAGGCUCCCGCUGGCCACUGCAGCCAGCCCCACGCCGAGGAGAACAUGGUCACCCAGAGUCCCUGACAAACCACGAGAAAUGACCCAGGUCCCUGGACAAGGCAGUUCAGCCACAUUCAUUUCUGAGAUCCCUGGGUGGGCAGCAAAGAGCACGCUGCCCACCCUUCGGAUGUCCCCUCAAGCCAACUCAGAGGCCACCGUCACUUCUUCAGGAAGCGUGAUUCCCACGUCUAAUUCCACGUCGUCCUCCGCCAGUCCCCGUGGUUUGGACUCCUCCUCCACCGUGGUCUUCAUACUUGUGAGCAUAGCAGUGGUAGUGCUAGUGAUCUUGACCAUGACAGUGCUGGGGCUUUUCAAACUCUGCUUUCACAAAAGCCCUUCCUCUAGGCCAGGAAAGGGGCCUUUGGCCGCUCCUGCGGUGGAGAGUGGUGCGCAGGCUACUGCUCUGAGCUCCAGUUCAGCAAACUGUGCAACGGGGUGA